GUGAAUAUCUUCUUUACAAGCGCAGGAACUAUGUCCCGUCCUAUUAUACUAGCUAUAGCGUCGUCCAGUCGACUCAGCGCUCCCUUGCUCUCCGCCCCCUUCACGGCUUUCCACCUGUGGUUGCUCUCGAGCUCUGCUCUCAGUCGCCAAAUUCUGUCGUUUCUGUUCUGUAACAGACCCUCCAUGCCUGAUAUUCACAAAUUCAAGCCAAUUUCGUUCACGCUUUGCAUAACACGUGAGCAUUAACGCUCUUCGUAGAUUCUACAGUCAGCAUGCUCGAUACUCAGGACCACAGUUCAAGUAUCAGAUAUAAAACAGAAAAAAGGGAGUUUCUUUUUUUUUCUUUCUUGGUUUUACAAUACGGUGCCGCCGCGCGCUCUUGAUACAACAAAUACACAAAACAAUCUGCUCUCUGCUAAGAAAUAUAACAAAACGACACAAAACAAA